CAAAGAAUUUUAAAAUGAAAAAUAAGAGUUAAAAAAACAAGAUAGAUUAAUGAAUAGGAAAAAAAUGAAACAAUUAGAAGAAGUGGAAUAUGGUACAGACUAGAAGAAAUAAAAUUUUGAAUUGAUACUGAAUGAAAUAAAGCCAAAAAAAUUUUUUGAAGAAAGUAUUAGAAUAGAGGGUUAUUCUAAAAGAAAGUAGAAUUUGUAGAAUUUUUAGUAGCGACCUAUUCAUUAAAUGGAGUAUGUAAAGAAGGAAAUAAAAGAAAAAAUUUUUAGAAUAUAAUAAUAAGGAUAUGUUAUAAUAAUCUAGAAAUAACUUAAAUUUGUACCAUAUUAGAUAGGUAGAUUGGAUUCAAAAUAUGAAAAUUUUUAAUCCUUUGUUAGAAGACGAUUAUAGAAAUAUAAAACCACUCAUUCUAAAAUAUUGUUAUAAAUUCAUAUGUUUUUAAAUCAAAAGGCUUUAAUUUGA